AUGAGCGGUGGCCAUCAUUACGGAGAUGUGGUCACCUUCCAGUGUUCCUCUGGGUUCGUGCCGGUUGGAUCCUCAGAACGCACCUGUCAGGCCGACCAGACAUGGAGCGGCACUGACUUCUCCUGCCACCGUCCUUGCCAGAGGGAAUACAUCUUGUUCGAGGCCGAGGGAACGUGUCUCAAGUUCGCCGACGACAGGGAAACGUACCAAGGAUCAAGGGAUUCCUGCCGGGAAUAUGGCAAUGGUGGAAAACUGGUCGUCAUCAAAACUCCGGCAAUGGACGAAUUCAUCGAGACCAAUCUCAGAAACAUGGGGCGCAAUGAUUCCGAUGGAGAGACAUGGAUUGGUUUGGACAACCUUACCGAUCAAGGAAAUUUCGUAUGGAGCGAUGGCAGCGUCCUGUCGACACAGGACUACCAGAACUGGGGUAUUGGGCAGCCAGACAUAGACGCAGAGCGGUGCGUGGAAAUUUGGCCACAGAGUGGCUACAAAUGGAACAACAUCCCGUGCCACGAUAGCAACUAUUACAUCUGUCAGAAAGCCGUGAAAUGUGCACGUCCGACUGCUCCUGAAAACGGUGCGAUGACUCCUUCUGGCUCCCAGCAAGACCCCGUCAAGUUCUUUUACCAAGACACGGCAGAGUUCUCCUGUAACGCGGGGUACGGUCUCACCGGUCAGACAAGCAUUAGCUGCCGGGAAGACGGCUCGUGGAGUAGCGGCGUCCCCACGUGCACAGCCGUACCGUGUCCGCAGCCAACCGUUCCUGUAAACGGUGAGAUGACCAGCGGCUCUGACCCUGACCAUGACAUGGUCAACUUCACCUUCCAGGACACGGUCAGCUUCACCUGUGACCUUGGUUACGACCUUGUAGGUGCGGAGAGCGUCACGUGCCAGGCGGAUAGCACCUGGAGUGACAGUUUCCCCACGUGCACACCGGUUCAGUGUCCGAUGCCAGAAACUCCUGCGAACGGCGCCAUGACUGGCCUCAACUUCUACCAAGACGUCUUAGAGUUCACCUGCGAAUCCGGCUACGAUCUGAUAGGUGAGGCAUGGGCCACCUGCCAUGCGGACCGCACCUGGAGUGCCCGGGCUCCCACCUGCACAGAUAUAAACGAGUGCGUGGUGAGCCCAUGGAUCUGCGGGAGGAACUCGGCAUGUGUGAACCUGGAUGGUUCCUUUGACUGCAAGUGUUUAGCGGGCUAUGAGAUGGGACCAGGCGGCUGUCAAGAUAUUGAUGAGUGUUCCAGUAAAGUGACCUGCUCUGAGGACACCUUCUGUGUCAACGACCCAGGGACGUACCAUUGUGUCUGUCGGGAGGGGUUCACAGGAGACGGCGUCACCUGUACAGAGAUCGUCACAACCAGCACACCUGCAAGCCUUACAACAGUACAAAGUACAACUAUGACUGCUGUAACACCGACCACGGGAAAAUACACCUCCCCUCCAACACCAACACCAACAACAACAACAACUACAGACAGCAUCCAGAGGUCAACCUCACCAAAUACUCCGUUCAAGACAACCACUGCGACUACCCAGCCGGGAGAUGCCAUGGAACCAGACGGUAAAACUACCGAACCGUUCCCGACAUCAACUGUGACUUUAAUUUCACACGAACCGCCCAAGAGCAGCUCCCUACCUGUCAGCGAGGCCACCACAGCGGACUUACAGUUGGAUGAUCCUGGCAAGUUACUGGAACAACUCUUUCCGAGUGGAGAUUCUCCCUCAGAUGACGGAAAGGUCGACUCGACAACCUGCACGGAGGCGAUGAAGACCCUCGCCAAGCUGUCGCGGACUCCAUCCGCCAAGGAUUCCACCGACAAGAUGGUGACAAUCUUCAACACUGUCGUUACCAUGUGUGGGACCUUGCCAUUGGACGCUCAGGCUGAGGGAGGUUACGUGGUCGGAGCGAUGACUGACUCCAUCAUGCAAAGCGUCCUUGAGGGGGCCAGUAUGAAAGAACUGGCUCCAAAAGCAUCAGCUGUUGUCGACACUGUGGCGUCUCUGAUGGAGUCGGGAGGAUCUGAAACGGUGGUAGAUGACGAAGAUGACGUCAUAGCGCUGAGCCGACUUCCUCCGCGUAAACGGGACGAGUUCCAGAAACAGAUGGAGAAGAAACGUCAGCAGAAACAGAAGCAGCAGUGGGCCUUGCAACGAGAAGUGACCCAACGUCUACAGAAGGACCUGGACAACAUGGCCGAUGCUCUGCUGGGCAGCGUAGACAGCGGUGAACGAGUCGAGCUCGGCUCGAAGGCUGUUCAGAUGGUCCUGGACAAGUCGUCGGGAGGACGGCUGGGAGGGGCGGCUGUCGCUGCGCACGCCGGGAGGGUGACAUUCCCACACGCGCAUGCGCUGUACAACGGAGGAAUUAUUGGUGAUGUUGAGAUGAAGGUGGAGAAUGCGGUGACGUGGUGUGGUGUGUCCACUUAA